AUGGACAAAGUGACCCAUCAGGCUGAAAUUAAUAGAAACCUCCAGGAAGUAAAGGAGGAAAAAGAAACCCAGGGAUCAGAAAAGCCCAUGGGCCUGUUAAUGAAACCUUAGAUGGACUAGGAAAUCUAGAGUUUCCUACAAGAACGGGAACCCCUUGAAUGUGAAGGAGUGAGGAUGGAGAAUCAUGUAUGGUCAACAGGGACUGGCCAGGGUCUCAAGCACAGGGGCCUGAAGGAAUGGCAACAAUGUCUCCAGAUGCUCAUCAAUUUGCAGGAUUUACUCUCUACUAUUCAAGAGGCCAACCAGAAGAAAACCUGGUCCUGUCCUUAUGCAGAAGCCCUUCCCAGGAUCCUGGGGUACAGAAGAGAGGAUAGUGGCUUCUCAGGUCCUUCCUAUGCACAUGGGGUUGACCUCCCACCUCCUGAGCCCAGCCCUAGGCUUGCACCAUUUGUAUUUCCCAUGUGA